UUGAGGUUUUCUCUGUUCCUGUGAAUCGCUGUGGUCGUUGAGAGAGUGAGAGAUGUGUCCUCGAGCUGCUCCAACAUGCGAUAUCUGCAAGAAGCUUGUAUCCAAAUACAAGUGCCCUUCUUGUCUUGUUCCUUACUGUUCAUUGGGUUGUUUCAAGAUUCACAAAGAGACUCCAUGUGCUAAACCUUCUGGUCCUUCUUCAACAGUGGAUAAGCCAGCAGCUUCUCCAGCAAAGGAAGUCUCGGUGGAAAGACCUGAGGAAGCUAAUGAUGUAGUGGAGAAGACACAGCACAAGGCUAGUGCAGCUUCUCCAGCAAAGGAAGUCUCGGUGGAAAGACCUGAGGAAGCUAAUGAUGUAGUAGAGAAGACACAGCACAAGGCUAGUGCUGAAUCUCCAGCAAAGGAAAUUCCGGUAGCAAGACCGAUACAUGUAGAGGAGGAAAAGUAUGUUUUAGAAAAGACACAUUUCGAGGCUAUCGCUUCUUCUAGUGAAAUCCGAGAAGCUCUAAAGGAUGAAGCUCUUCAGAAACUCAUCUACAGAAUUGAUAGUUCUUCCAACCCUUUACAGGAACUCGAUGGAGCCAUGGGAAUAGAAGCUUUCCGCGAAUUCACAGACAAGAUUCUAUCAAACAUUUCGAAGAGUAGUGACGAACAGUUCCUUGCUACUACUUGCCUGGCCGAAGCUCAGCUGUGAUGUUGUUUGACUCUAUAAGAACAUUUAUUAAAAACGGAUCUUGUGAGCAUCUUUAUUUGUAGGAACAGAGGAAAUAAGUACAAUAUUGGGAAAGAAUUACCUGCAAUGGAGGAAAAGUAGGUUGUUGCAUCUGGUGGUGGCCUACAAACUGGCUAUAAGGAUUCAUCUGAGGUUGGUUCGGCACCGGAU